CCACCGUUCUCGGGGGGUCUCUAUCGGCGCUUCGAAACCCUCGAUCCAGUCUCUGGUGAUUGCUCAAAGCUGUAUUCGGAGGCUUCAUCGCGAUCGCCAUGGCCGCGCCCUUCUUCUCGGCGCCGUUCCAGCCCUAUGUUUACCAGAGUCCCGAAACAACAGUGACCCCUUUUCAAAUAUUGGGUGGAGAAUCACAAAUUUUACAGAUAAUGCUGAAAUCACAGGAAAAGGUAACAGCAAAGCCAGGUACAAUGUGUUACAUGUCUGGGUCCAUUCAAAUGGACAAUAAUUACUACCCUGAGAAUGAAGGGGGUUUCUGGCAGUGGCUUUUUGGAAAAAGUGUAACAAGCACAGUUCUUUUUAAUUCGGGUCUAGAGGAUGGAUUUGUGGGAAUUGCAGCACCCUCUCCUGCAAGGAUACUCCCGAUUGACUUGGCAAAUUUUGGUGGAGAAAUUCUUUGCCAGCCAGAUGCAUUCCUUUGCUCUGUCAAUGAGGUAACAGUCUCAAGUACAGUUGAUCAGAGAGCCCGCAAUAUUGAAGUUGGUGCAGAGGUGAUCCUUAAACAGAAGCUGGCAGGUCAAGGGCUUGCUUUCCUUAUUGGUGGUGGAUCAGUUGCACAGAAAAUUCUUGCUUCGGGGGAAGUGUUAGUUGUUGAUGCUGUCUGCAUUGUAGCUAUGACAAAUACCAUAAAUUUCCAGCUGAAGCCCUCCCACCCAAUGAGAAGGGUAGUAUUUGGGGGUGACAACCAAUUAACGGCUAUUCUGACAGGACCUGGUGUUGUCUUUAUUCAGAGUCUGCCUUUCCAUCGACUUUCUCAGCGUAUCGCAAGGGCGGUCACAGCCUCAAGCAUGAGGGAAAACCCUAAGUUCUUCAUUCAGAUGGCAGUCUUCUUCUUACUCGCAUAUGUUGUGAUUGUAUCAUCAUUGAUCUUGACUGAUGUCUAGUUCCUCCCCUCCACUCCAAUAUUCAUUUCCUUCAUAAGUAAUUCCCACAGCAAUAAGUUGUGUUUUUUUUUUUUUUUUUGUAUUGUAGAUGUUAAAGAUACUGAGAUUGAACUGAAAAGGAAAAAAGAGAGUGGAGUAGGAUUUGAUUAUUUUUUUUUUCAACUUGAUAGGCAAAUUAUUGCAAUUAAGCAUGAUGAAAUUACCAGUUCUAUUACUUUUCAAGGAAGCUUCUAUAUUGUUUUUGUGGGUUGGGAUAAGGCAGCUGAUUAUUUCAGGAUUGUGAACUGGGGACAUAGCUGCUGAUAACUCCUGGAUUUUUGGUACCGGAAAAUAUAUCGCCAUUUAGAACA